AUGAAUGGUAAUCAACUUGAGGAAUAUGCUCAAGAAUAUUCUGUCAAUUAUACACUUUUUCCUGAAACUUUAAAUACUGAAGUAUUCUGGGAUAUACCAGAAGAAAUGCAAUGGAAUGAUGAAGCUUGUCUUGCAGCAGUUAAACUACUAAACUGA